AUGCAACAGCAAUACACACAAAAAAUAGACCUAUCAAAUACUCCUACUAUGGAGGAAGUGUUAAAUGGUCGUCAUCGCUUGGGACAAAGAACCUUUUUUAGCUCAGAUAAUAUUUUACGAGAAAACCCCUCUUCUAAUAAGAGAGAGAAAAUUUACAGAGAACCGCGUUUAUCUACGCAACAAUUAACACUACAAACUUUUCAGUGGUUGUCUCCAGAGAUAUCUCAAGAGCAUCGACCCGGGGAAAAUUUCAUUAAAUUUGAAAAUGAGCCAUCAAUUAUAUCAAUGGAUGAAAUCUAUAAGAGUAGUGAUAGUCGAAAUAAUGUCGAUGAUUUAUCGAAGAAAUUAUAUACAGUUCCUUAUUCAUUUCAUCAUAAUACACUUCCUGAAGAACAUCAAUUUUCCGAGAAUCAAUUUCCGUGUUUGGAAAAUGAUAUACAAUCGACAUUAUGUAUCGAUGAAAGUGACGUUGCGGAUAUAUCCAAGGAACAUAUGACAACCACCUUUCCUAUUUCAAUUAAUGAAAGAAACACAGAAAGCAAAGUAUUAGCAAAUAAUAUCAAACUUACGAAUAAAACUGGCAUAUUUGAUUCUGAAUAUCGAAUCAAGAAGGAAAAAAUUACCGAGAAACAACAACGAAGCGUCAAAGAAAGCUUAGCCGCGGAGAGUUUGAUGACAUUGCAAAUUUCAAAAGAUGAUGAUGAUUUUUUAUCAUCUUCCAAAGAUCAAAUGAAGAAAAAUAAACAAAACAAGAAAAGAGUACAGAAUCAGAUUGAUAAGGAGAAUGAUCAAAAUUUUAAUGCGAAAAGUACUAUUAAUGAUCAAAUCCUUUACGAUAUGAUCGUUCGAAGUGGACUGACAAUGGAAAAUGUUUUGAAAUUUAAGGAAGAUCAUUAUAAAAAUUCAAAGAAUGAUAUAAGAACUACAGUAUUACAGCCAGCUAUGAUUCCUUUGCAAAAUCAACCAUCCACAACAGUUAACAUUCCAGUUCAAUUACAAGAACCAGUUCCUGUACCAAAUCCAUUUCAAAGUCCUGCACAAAUCGUUAAUUCAAUGCAGGUUGUUAAAUUACCAAAAGCAAAACCUGCCAAUAUGUCAGGCUACAGGACAAGACCCGUACCAAUUUUACCAGCGACAAACUUACCUUAUCAUCAUCCAUAUUUAAUUCAAGGCGAGAUAGGAAUAAAUACGGAAAUGAAUGGUAUUUUACUAGAAAAGCCUCAACGACCAAGUUAUUCUUAUGCUUCUAUGAUAGGUCAAGCCAUAAUGGCAUCGGAAGAGAAAAAGCUUGCAUUAGCUGAUAUUUACUCCUGGAUAUCGAAAACUUAUCCUUAUUAUAAAAUGAGUGACAUCGGUUGGAAAAAUUCUAUACGCCAUAAUCUAUCGUUAUAUUCAGCGUUUAUAAGAGUUCCCAAUGAAGGCACAACGCGAUCUCUUUGGAUGAUAAACCCUGAUGAAGAACAAUGUUUCAUCAACGGCGUCUACCAUUACUCAAAAAGACCACCAGGUAGUAACAAGAGCUUGCGGAGAAAAUAUAAAUCUGCACCAAAACCUAUUAAUGACAAUUCAAAUAAUGUAAAUAAUGUGCAAACCGAAAUAUCACAAGUUCCUGCUUAUCUUACAACGAAUGAUACCAUUAUGCCGAUGGUUACAUCUCUUCCUUAUUGUUCGAUGCAUCCAGAAGCUCAAUAUUUUUCGACUUACGAAUUACCUAAAGGUGAAGCUUCAUCUGAACAAAGUUACA